AUGCAAUACUUAUCAGGGGCCCUCCUUGUUGCCUCUGUCAUCACUAACGUGUUAGCCCACGGUGUCAUUGACUCAGUCACUGGUGCCAAUGGCGUAACAAUGCCUGGUCUCUCCGUUGUCGACGGAACUCCUCGUGAUUGUGCCACCCCAUCAUGCGGUGCUGAAGCCGAUACCACCAUUUUCAGCUCAAGCCGAUUGAGUGGCAAGGCCACUGCCCUCGGCAGAACCAACGGUUAUGGAACAGUUGACGCCUCCAAGAUAAUCUCUAAUUUCAUGGGAGGGGAUGCAAACAGCACUGCUGCCGUAGCUGCCCGUGAGAUCCACGAGGCUAACAUGAUGCGCCGACUUGCUGCUCGAGGGGGCGGUUCAGGUUCCGCCGGAACUAAGACUCCAGCUGGCACCACGGAGACUGGUGUCGCGGCCUCUGCAGGUGUCGGUGCGACGAAGGGCUUGCCAACCUGCUCUGACGAUGGAACACUUACCAUGAACUUUCACCAGGUCAAUCAGGACGGAGCCGGGCCCUUAACCGCCAUGGUUGAUCCCACUUCGGGAGGGACCGACCCAUCCGCCUUCCAGCAAGCCACGGUCACCCAGAACGUGCCGGGCGUCGGCAUUGGUGGUCUCUCACUCGCAACCGCCAUGGACUUCCCAGUCGCAAUCCAAAUGCCCGCUGGCAUGACCUGCCAGGGCAGCAUCGGCGGUGCAACCGGCGUCUGCAUUGCCAAGCUCCAGAACAGCGCGCUCGCAGGACCCUUCGGUGGAUCGGUCGCCUUCACCCAGUCCCCCGCCGCUAAGGCGCGUGCCAUCGAGUACAACCUCCGCAAGCGACGCUUCGCCCGGGACCACACUGCCAACAAGAAGUAGACGAGUGGUUCACUUGUUUCUGCUGUUUGGUCACUACAAUG